CAGAAAGCCGCAGGCUUGGCGCACCAAAAUACCGAAACUUACCCACACUUUCUUGGCUUGUGAACAACAACACAUUUCUUCCCAACGAGACACCCACCACCUGAUGGCGUUGGUGCAAUAUUCGGAUUCAGAGUCCGAGGAAGAUACUCCACAUAGUGAAAUUUCUCCAAGACCAGCCAAGCGACUGCGGCAGGAAAACACUGCCACGCUGGCUUCAUCCCUCCCUCCACUACCGAAAGCCUUCCAUGAUCUAUAUGCAUCGAGCACUCGUAUUAGUGUAAAAGAUGAUCCAAGCCUCCAUGGGGGCCGUAAAAGGGCUAUUCCGCAUGUUGAAGGAAACUGGCCGACUCAUAUCUAUUUAGAGUGGUAUCCGUCAAGAGGAGAGCUGUCCGUAUUGAGCAAUGUUAUUGCGCAGAUAGAGGGGAAGCUUAGAAAGAGCAAAGUGGAGCUCAAUAGCUUACUGCGAAGUGAUCUUGGCGCACAACUCCCACUGCAUAUCAGCCUCUCAAGGCCAGUUGUUCUUCGGACUGAGCAGAGGCAGUCAUUUUUGGAAAUUUUUCAAUGCGCCAUUCAAGAUUCAAACAUACGAGCGUUCAAUGUUACAACGGAAGGCUUACACUGUGUGUCCAAUUAUGAAAAGACACGGUGGUUCUAUGUUCUGCGAGUCAAAACGCCGGAAAACGACGCCCUCAACCGCCUUCUGAAACUCUCAAAUCGAUCGCUGGCUUUAUUUAGCCAACCAUCGCUCUAUGAGACUUCACCGCAUAUCUUGAACGCAGAUGCAGACUCUAGCACCCCUAUGCAAUGGCAGCAAGGUGAUUCUACAGACUACUCCCACUGCUUUCACAUCUCGUUGGCUUGGAGCUUAACGGAGCCCUCUCCCGAUGAAAGGGACCAGAUCGCAAAGAUAGAACUUCGAGGACUACGUGAGUUGAGUGUCUGCUUUGACUGCGUGAAGGUGAAAAUCGGCAACAAUAUAACGAGUAUGCCGCUUGCUAGUCUCCUGGGGUAAUUAGUUAGAAAGGAACGGAGAAUUUUAUUUCUCCCGUGACAUAUUAAUGGCUCGACGCCUUGCAUUAACACUAACUGUGCAGCUUCUGGAUGACCAGCUGCAGGAUCAGCUGACUAGCCACUAGUCACUGUAUUC